UUUUAUCAUCCGGAUCAGCGAAUUGCUGUCACUACUCUUUUGAGUAGUUUGAUAAGAAGAAAUCGGAUUCCGAAUAAUGAGUUUCUACUAUGCGAACGCUGGUCAACCGGAGAUCCUACGAAGUAUCCAAAAAGAUGCAACAUUCGCAUCAACAUUGGGCCAACAAAUGUCGGACAUCCUCCGCUGCUCCAGCAACCGCCAUUGGAUCAAAUACAACAAUCUGUGCAAACUGCUAGCCGAGCUGCUCUAUCACGGAUUCGCCUGUUUCAACAACAUACAAACUCUGGGCGAAGAGUACACCGGCAUCAUUCAAAUCGACUCCAAAUACAUUGCCCUGCCCAGCAAGGGUCUUCAGUUUGUGGCAAUUUUGCUGGAGUUUUGCGGCGAGGAAUUGUUCAAUAAAUUGGUGCGAAUUGUCGAACGGGACGUACGGAACAAUGAUGAUUUGUUGCCGGAAGCGAAAAGUGGAAUUUUGAAAGUGUGCGGCACCGUUCGCAAAUCGGUGCCGUAUGUCAAGGCGAUUCAUCGGGGGAUUUUUUACUUGAAUGGCAACAAAUUGCAAAUAUCGAAACGGCUGACUGGAAUCAAUUACGUUUUGGUUAGAUACUGGCUGAACGUCAACCAUUCCGUGUAUGGAUAUAAAGUGCUGGGUGUGAUAAGUUUGAUUCAGCUGGCUUUGGCUACAGUUACGGCCAUGAAAGACACACUGCGAAAGAAUGAAUACAGGGAACGGAUAUCGAGCAAAAAGGAUUCAAAUCGGCCAAUACGUAGGGCAGUCGAUGGUAAAAAAUGUGUUUUGUGUCUAGAAGUUCGUGACGGUACGAGUGCUACACUGUGUGGACAUUUGUUUUGUUGGGAAUGCAUUUUAGAUUGGCUGGAUCAGAAGGAAGAGUGUCCGGUGUGCAGGGAAGGGAUCAAAAAAUCGUCUGUGGUGUUUCUGAAGAACUUCCAGUAGCUUCAUCAAUUAUACGUUUGUUUUGCUGUUUUGUUAUUUGAUUAAAGGUAUUAAGUAA